AUGUCACCCAGAACAAUAAUCCUGACCGGAGCAAGCCGUGGCAUUGGUCUUGCUAUUGCUCAGAAACUCCUCAAGGAAAAACAUAAUGUGGUGCUUGUAGCUAGGACUGCAGGACCCAUGGAGGAAUUAAAGAGACAGUAUCCUGAGCAGGUGGAAGUUGUGGUGGGAGAUUUGAGUGAUUUUAAGAUAGGACCACAAGCCGUCAAAACCACCAUCGAACGAUUCUCCAGAAUCGAUGGUUUAAUCGUCAAUCAUGGGACUCUAACACCAGUAAAACGCAUAGCCGACAGCACACCCGAAGAAUGGCGCACGCUAUUCGACAUCAAUUUCUUCAGCGCCCUAGCAUUCAUAACCCCCUCUAUCCCGCACCUCCGCACCACGCAAGGCACCAUCCUCCUGACCUCCUCCGGAGCAGCCGCCUCCGCAUACAGCACCUGGGGACCCUACGGUUCCUCCAAAGCCGCGCUCAACCAUCUUGCGCAUACUCUUUCCGUCGAGGAACCACUGAUUACCACCCUAGCUAUCCGUCCCGGAGUGGUCGAUACCGAGAUGCAACGGGAGAUAAGGGGUUAUAGUACUAGUGGAGUCAUGGACCAAAAAGACGCAGCGAAAUUCAUCGGGUUGCACGAAGAAGGAAAAUUGUUGAAACCGGAACAACCUGGCGGUGUUAUGGCAGGGUUGGUUGUUGAUGAGAAGUUAAGGGAAGAGGGGUUCAGCGGGAGAUUCUUGAGUUGGGAUGAUAAGCUGUUAGAAAGGUAUCGAGAUUAA